AUGCUGCAAGCAUUUGUGACACGAACGCAACUAACAGACACGUGGAGAACACCCCACCACCACCUUUUUUUCACACCCCCACUUCUCAUACUCACGCAUCGACAUGUUCCUCAAAUCCCCCUCCCUACUCCCCCAUGUCAUAAACGCAUCGAUAGGCUCGAUCACGUGGUCGGACCACGCAGAGAUUCUCCUUCAAUUCAUCAUCCCAAACACCACCAAAACAUGGUCCUGGUGACUCAACCCAAUACAACACAGCCAUCAAGGAAGCCAUCCGACAAGACAUCACCAAUUACUUUGAUCUCAACAAAAACUAAGUCACCUCUGCGGGCACCCUAUGGGCUGCCCGUAAAGCCAUCAUCAGAGGCAAACUAA